AAAACGGGUAUUCUGAUGAUGAACAUGGGUGGGCCGAAGAAUGCACACGAAGUUCAGGAUUUUUUGCAGAGGCUGUUUUCUGAUAGAGAUCUUAUGCAGUUACCUUUUCAAAAAUACCUUGGUUCAUGGAUAGCCAAAAGAAGAACACCAAAGGUCAUCGAGCAGUACAAUGAGAUAGGAGGGGGAUCUCCCAUUCAUUGGUGGACUCAUGUCCAGGGACAGGGCAUGGUUGACAUUCUUGACUCCAUCAGUCCAGCAACUGCUCCUCACAAAUUUUAUAUUGGUUUCCGAUAUGUGAACCCUUUGACUGAAGAUGCUCUUGAGAAAAUGGAGAAUGAUGGUAUCGAGAGGGCUGUUGCAUUCUCCCAAUACCCUCAGUACAGCUGUUCGACGACAGGCAGCAGUCUCAAUGCCAUCUACAGGUACUACCAAAAUAAUAGGAAUCCUACCAAAAUUAUUUGGUCAACUAUCGACAGGUGGCCAACACAUCAUUCCAUUGUUCACUCCUUUGCGGAAAGCAUAGAAGAAGAGUUACUGAAGUUUCCAGCUGACGUUCAGAAUGAUGUCCUCAUACUCUUUUCCGCUCAUUCACUUCCCAUGAAGAGCGUGAACAGAGGGGAUCACUACCCACAAGAAGUUGCAGCUACUGUUCAGAGUGUUAUGGAUAGGUUGGGUCACUCACACCCAUACUUGCUCUCCUGGCAAUCAAAAGUUGGUCCAUUGCCGUGGUUGGGUCCCCAGACAAAAGAUGUCAUCAAAUCGUUUGAAACCAGCAGUCACAAGGGACUCCUUCUUGUACCGAUUGCAUUCACCUCUGACCACAUCGAAACUCUUUAUGAACUCGAUCUCGAAUAUUCGAAAAUUGUUCCGAAAAUUAGCAGCAAGAUUGUGAGGCGGGCCGCAUCACUCAACGACAGGCCAACCUUCAUAAAAGGCAUAGCUGAACUAGUGAAGAAUCAUUUGGAAGGUGGUUUGACGUGUAGCAGGAAGUUGAGUGUUUGUUGCACCUCUUGUCCUACUGAUACAUGCAAAAAGACCAGACAGUUCUUCAAGGAAUCUCAAAAGAUCAUCGACACUUUCAAUGAGAAAAUUAGACAAAGUGAAAUUUAA